UGUUAGGGCACGCAACACACACCUGCUGGACUUUUGUGUUACUGUGUGUGUGUGUGUGUGUGAGAGAGAGAGGCCGAGUGUGCCGGUUAAAAACCCCAAACCUCUCUCAUCCUCCUGUCACACCAUGAAAGACUGGCGAUGGCUUCCCCUGCAACGAGUGAUCUGCCCGUCGGUGGAUUGCCCCUCUGCUAAGAUGUCCCAGUCUGCGACCGCUGAUGACGGGACCACCUUUGAGAACCUGUGGAGCAGCCUGGAGCCAGACAGUACCUACUACGAGAUGCCUCCGGGUGGUCACCCCGGUGGUCACCAUGGGGACAGGGGCACCCCCUCAAACAUGCCUGGCAACAGGGCAGAGGUCUGCAUGGACGUCUACCAUAUGAGGGACAUGAACGACAACGUCAUGUCCCAGUACAGCCUCCUGAGCAACAGCAUGGAGUCCAGCCUGGGCCCCCAGCGCGCCUCCUCCACCAGCCCCUUCGGCUCCGACAACGCCUCCAGCGUGCCGACGCCCUCGCCCUACGCCCAGCCCAACUCCACCUUCGAGGCCGCCUCGCCGGCGCCCGCCAUCCCCUCCAACACGGACUACCCCGGGCCCCACGCCUUCCAGGUCACCUUCCAGCAGUCCAGCACGGCCAAGUCCGCCACAUGGACGUACUCUCCCCUACUGAAGAAGCUGUACUGUCAAAUCGCCAAGACCUGUCCAAUCCAGAUCAAGCUGGCCUCAGGCCCGCCCCCCGGGGGCAUCAUCAGGGCGAUGCCCAUCUACAAGAAGGCGGAGCAUGUCACCGAGGUGGUCAAGCGAUGCCCCAAUCACGAGCUCGGACGAGACUUUAACGACGGCCAGGCAGCCCCAGCCAGCCACCUGAUUCGGGUGGAGGGGAAUAAUGUGGCCCAGUAUGUAGACGACCCUGCCACAGGCAGACAGAGUGUGAUGGUGCCUUAUGAGUCUCCACAGGUGGGGACGGAGUUCACCACCAUCCUCUACAACUUCAUGUGCAACAGCAGCUGUGUGGGAGGGAUGAACAGAAGACCCAUCCUCAUCAUCAUCACUCUAGAGACACGAGAUGGUCAGGUAUUAGGGCGGAGGUCGUUUGAAGGUCGCAUCUGUGCAUGUCCGGGUCGAGACCGCAAGGCGGACGAGGAUCACUUCAGAGAGCAGCAGGCUAUCAACGACAGCGUCAACAAGAACGGCAACGCCAACAAGCGUAAUUUCAAGCAGACCCCUGCCACCAUGCCAGGCCCCUCCCUCAACAUGAAGAAGCGUCGUCACGGCGACGAGGAGAUGUUCUACAUCCCUGUGCGAGGCAGGGAGAACUUUGACAUUCUCAUGAAGAUCAAGGACAGCCUGGAGCUCAUGACCCUGGUGCCUCAGCAAGUGGUGGACUCCUACAGGCAACAACAGCAGGAGCUUCUGCAGAGACAGACUCCCAUGGCCUCCACAUCCCCGUACAGCUCCUCCCUCUCCAACAUGAACAAACUACACGCAGGCAUCAACAAACUGCCAUCUGUCAAUCAACUGGUGGGCCACCAUUCACAGCAGGGGGCAGGUCCCUCCCCCAGUAUGGGGCAUAUGGGAGGGAACAUGCUGAGUGGUCACCACAUGCAGACUAAUGGAGAUAUGAAUGGAUCCCAUACCCAACAGCCCAUGGUGUCUGCCUCUCACUGCACCCCUCCUCCACCAUACAACCCUGACCCCAGCCUCGUCAGCUUUCUGACCAGCGUGGGCUGCCAGAGCUGCAUAGACUACUUCACUUCACAAGGGCUGCAGAGCAUCUAUCAUCUACAAACACUCACCAUGGAGGACCUGAUUGCGCUGAAAAUCCCAGAGCAGUUCCGCCUGGCCAUCUGGCGUGGGCUGCAGGACAUGAAGCAGAACCACGACUACGGCCAGCAGCUGAUCCGCUCCAGCAGCAACAUGUCCGCCGCCACCAUGGCCAUCGGGCCCAGCGGCGAGCUGCAGCGCCAGCGUGUCAUGGAGGCGGUGCACUUCCGCGUGCGCCACACAAUCACCAUCCCCAACCGGGGCGGCGCAGGCAACGGGGUCGGGGUUGGGGUCGGGGCCCCGCAUGAGGACUGGGCCGACCUCGGCUUCGACAUGCCCGACUGCAAGAGCUCGCGGCGCCACGCGGCCAUCAAGGAGGAGUUCACGGAGAACCACGUGCACUGAGACUCAAAACGUACCUCUGAGUUUCACCUCACUUUUAACUCCGCUUCAUAUUUAAGAGGCCAGAGAAAGACUAGAUUUAUGAGCGUCUAUGGUAUUAGGAUGUAAUAUUUUGGGUUGCUGGUUGCCAUUUUUUUUUUUUUUAAAGCACUUCCAUUUCUAAUGUUUUCACUCCUAAUGGUAUGAAUACUUUCCAGUACACGGUUACCUACACAUUUAGCUAAUCACAUUAUGCUAAUAGGUCUUCUCAUACUCAUCUUCAGACAGACAUGAGACACUUCACACACUUCUCACUUCACGCACAGCUAAAUGAUGCAACUCUGUUCAUUCCAAAACAUGUCAUCUUAUCACCUUUAUUUCAGAAUCAUCUGCAGUUGUCUUCUGACAAAAACAAAAACACACUGAAACACUCAGGAACUCUUCAACAUGCUUAUUACAGUACAUUUUAUACAGAAAAAGAUCAAUUGUGUUACAUCUGAUUUCCACUUAAAGGUAUUAUCACUAAAACAGGUUGGGUGGGGGAGGGGUGAUGUGUAGUCAAGAUAUUAAGAGUGGGUGGUAGUACAAAUCUGUAGUCAUUUUAUUUAUUGUAUAUUUUCCGUUGUGUAAAUAUGUCCAUAUGUAAAGUAUUACUUUUAACAUUGCUGAAAUCUGUUUUUCAUUCUGCAUAAGUGUUUUCUGGUGUAUAUUUAUCUUCUUGUGCUUGCAAGUUUUACCUGAACAUAACUAGGACAUACAUUGUGUGUAGAAUACAUGUGGGCCUAGUGAAUCAAGUGAUCUGAGUCAUCAUCAUCAUCAUCAUCAUCAAAUAUAUAUGAACAUGAUUUCAAAUGUAUUUUAAAUUAUAGACUGCUUUCAUCAUAUCAUGUGUGAAACAUUCUAAUAUUUAGGCACACCCAAAUAUUAGAAACCAGAAUUCUACUGGAUGAUUCUAAGCACUUGAAUGUUUUAUACUUUGAAGGCAUGAACUUCAUAGUUUGCGAAAACAUGGGUUAUUAUGAUUGGGAUGUUUUGUUUUUCAUGUCUACCAUAUUUUUCAUCACUAACUUGUUUUCACUACACACAAGACAAUGCUUU